AUGUGUGAACUGUCGGCUAAUGGAGAAAGACUUUUGUAUGUAGGGGAGACAACCGGGGAUUUUAAGACCAGAAUAAACCAUCACCGGUACACCAUCAGAAAAAAACGCCAGGACCUCCCGGUGGUGAAACAUUUUGAUGAGCUUGGACAUAUCGAACGACAACUUCGGUCCAUGCUACUGGAUCACAUCCCUCCUUUGAAGAAAGGGGGUGAUCCCACCAGAGAUAGUGGAGAACAACGCACAUGGAUCACACCGGACACCGAGGACAACAGCACCAUAUUCUAUUUUAAUUUAUAUUUUUUCUAUCUUAUUUACAUUUUUGAAGCUAAUUUACUGCUACGCCAGUGGGUACCUGAGCAUCCUUCAACUAUGAAGAAUAACGUGCAUGGUUGGAUGCAAAGAUGGAAACUCAGACAAACCCCCGAGAAUAGAAACCGAAAGUCAGAGAGUGAGAAGCCUCAGAGAUCUCUGCUCCUCCAUCAGGACACCAGCUCAGUCCCUGCAGCCUCUGAUCUCAAGAUGUUUCUCCUCACCGGCGCCCUCAUCUGGUUGGUCACCACCGCUCAGUGUAUACAGGUCCAUGGGGAAACCUAUAAAAUGACGUACAAUCCCAACGUGUUCGAUGAUCAGUACAUCGGCUGCUCCGAUACGAUGGAGAAGGACAUCAUGCCCAAGGUUCUUCAGCAGGAGAUGGCAAACAAGCAGUUUAGGGACGCCUGGAUCAACGCCACCGAACGCUGGGAAGAUAUCAGAGAUGACCUGGAGCUUCCGGAAGGGUUCGAGGACGAGUAUGGGAUCGCUCUUCUGACCUUCACCAAUCACUAUCCAAAGGAAAAUCCCAUAUACCGGCAGCUGAAUGGGAACCUCACCAUAGCAGGAGCCUCCCGGAGAGACUACAUGGAGAAGUUCCACUUCAAAGCCCUUCACUUCUAUCUAACAAGAGCCCUGCAGAUACUAAAGCCCAACUGUCACCAAAACUACACCACCUAUAGGGGGAGCCCACACUCCUUCCUUGUUAGACCCGUCUUCAAGUUUGGUAGAUUCACCUCAUCGUCUCUGAAAUCCGAAGAGGCCCAAGUCUUCGGCACACAAUCUUUCUUCCGGAUAACCACGUGCUUCGGGGCCAGACUUGGUAACUUGUCCUUUUUUCCAGACGAAGAAGAAGUUCUGAUUCCUCCGACCGAGAAGUUCUUAUAUGUCACGAGAGAGAAUUUAGUCUAUUACCUCAGAAGUACCGGGGAGACCUGCAGCUACUUCAACUGCGCCUAUCUACAAGCCGAGAAGCGAAAAGAUGCUGUUUGUGGAUCAGAUGCGGCUCUAUCAAUGGAAGAAGGAAGAGACGCGGACAUGAUGUCUGCGAGAGAACUGGAGGAGAGGAUGAGCGUCCUGGAGGAUCACAUCAGCCAAAACCAUUUGAACUGGGACCAAUACCGAAAUGAAAUGGGAAUUUAUCUGGAGAAAGUUUCCGAGAUUAGAAAUAUAACCACAUUAUCCAUGGAACAAGUGACCACAACUAUGAAAGAUUUUACAGAUUCGACUUUGUCUAAGAUGAAGGAUCUUCACUCGCAGGUGAAUAAUGAGGGGAAAAUAAUGAAGGUCCUGACUAUUUAUAGAAUGGAGUUUGACAAGAUAAAGGAAAAGCUUAAAGAACAGGAAGACACCAUCCACGGCCUUAUCUUAAGUUUGCUCACAUUCAUUGUCACUGGAGCUUCCAUUCUGAUCUACAAAUACUGGAUGAGGAAUCCUUCAACUCCAUGAUGACGUCACAUUGUGAAGCGCUGACUAUAACAGUACAAGAGGAUUAUAACUCCCCCAGGCAUAAAGCAGUACCCCGGCCAUAACUCCACGCUUCCCAGUGCUGUCCAGUCCUUAUGGGCAGGAACAGGAUGACUACAUAUUAUAUAUAUAUAUAUAUAUAUAUAUAUAUAUAU